AAUAAAAUAUUGAAUUCUGAAUUCUCUGAUUCAUGCAAAAUAUAUUCUUCUCGAUAAUUAUGUCAAGCGGAAGUCUCGAUCAUAACUUUCGCUUUUACUUCCAGGAAUUUAAUGAGUGUUAGCCGGAAUUCAGUUCUGCAAAGCAACUGGUUUAACUGACAACACGUUAUUUUUCUUUCUAUAACUAUUUACUAAGAAAUCAAGCUCAAGGAAUUGAGUCGAGAUCUUGUAAACAUCAUGAACACUUGGACGAAAUUUAAAGAAUAAUGGCGACAGGAUUUCAAGAAACAGAUUGCGAACAACCUGGCUAUAAAAAAGAAGAAUAUGUCAUAAAUGAUGAAAGCACAACCAGUUCUAUAUACCUAGGCAGUGAUGAUGAUGAUGAUGAUAAUAAUGAAGCUAUUAGCCAGGAAGAGAAAGAUCAUGAAAGCUCUCCCCAGGAGCCUAUCAUGGAUGUUAGUACUAACCCCACUGGAAAAACAGCAUCGCGGCAAUUUCAAAGAUUUAUAAAAUUGAACAAAGAUGUAGUGAAAUUUAUUUCAAAACGGGGGAUGUACUCAAAAGAACUGAGUGUUCAACUUGAAAAACUGCAUUCUGUCAUGUUAUUAAUGCCUGAUGAAAGUUGUAUAAAAGUUACUAAGAAACCAGGUUCAAAAUUUGUCAAAGAUUGGAGAAAGCGUUGCUGUUCAAAAGUGAAAGGUUUUUGUGGCCGUUUUCGUAAGGAUUGUUUGGAUAUAAAUGAAGCAUACUUAGUACGGACACAUUUACCAAAGCUUGGUGACAUGUUGCGAUCAACUACAGCAGCGUAUUGGAUCGAGAAUAACAACACGAAGUUAGCUGUGAUGACUGAGCAGAAAGAGCGUGAACAAGUCCUUGCGAUUGUGAAGGAGUUUUUGCAGAGCUUUAAAGAUCAUGGAUUUCAAAAAAGCGGUCAAAGAAAUUGGAGAAAGCAUUCGGAUCCUGGCAGUAAAGCGGUUGUUGCUGCUGAAAACAAUCCCUUAACUUUGUUAAACGACGAGAGAAGUUCGCGCUGGUUGGGAGGCACAGAAGAAACUGGCAAUGAUAAAUCAUUGAAACAGCUUCAGAAAUCUGUCAAAUUAGACAAUGAUAUUGUGAAAUUUCUUAUGAAAAGAAAGCAAUAUUUUGAAAAACUCAAAGCUAAGCUUGCAUCUUUAGGUGCAGCGCCUCACUUAAAACCUGGGUUUAUAAGGAUCGAUAAAAUGGAUUCAAGAAAUAUUGAUAAUUGGGGAGAAAGCUGCGAAAGUGCAGUUGUUGUCUUUUGCAAUUCUUUUCACAAGAAGUGUUUUGAAUUGGAUGAAAGCAUUCGUGAGUCACAUUUGGAAGCGCUACCGACCCUUCAGAAAGAUGUUAGUUCUACUGGGGCAGCUUGUUGGUUGGAUUCAGAGAAGAAGAAUGUCAUUCUUGUAAGCCCAAUACUUGAGCUAAGAGAUGCAGUGGAGAAGAUUGAAAAGUUUAUUAAGAAUGUCGGAAUUUUCGCUAAAAGAAGUUUCAAAAUUGAAGAGUCAAUUCAUGAGUUGGUUGAGAAAGAAUUGCCACCAUUGAAAGACACCUUAAAAUCCUGCACUUUAGCGUUGGAAAAAGAAACACUGGUUGUUGUAUGCGUGAGAAGUGAAAUUGAAAAUACUAUAGCACACGUCGAGAGCUUUCUUUCAAGAAUAAGGCUAACUAGUGCACUUGGCAAAGUCCCAAAUCAAAGUCGUAGAGCCCGAAGUCAGUCUAAAAGUUCAGCGGAUGAAAACAGUGGUUCAUCUUCUGUUAAUUGGCGAAACAAAAACAGUCCGCAAUUUACAACCGCGGGCAACGACGAAACAAGGUCAGCGGCUACACGUGGUAGACCAAUUAAACUAGAACCAAUCUCUGUGAAAAUUAACAACGACGUCGUAAAAUUUGCAAUGAACAACACAAGAUUUGCGCAAGAAUUGAAAGAUCAACUGGCAAAACUAAAUGGAGAGCUGCAAUGGAAACCUGGCAUUGGUUUUGUAACAGUAAUACAAAAAUCUGAAGAUCAGUCGGAUUUUGUUCCGAAAUGGUCUGAAAAAUGCAAAAGUGUGGUCACGAGAUUUUUUCAACGCUUUCGCAAGGAAAGUUAUGAAAUUCAAGGAGAUGUGAUGGGUUCAGUUUGCAAAGGACUAGAAAGUCUGAAGGAAUCCAUUCUCCCUUUUGACGCGAGUUGUUGGCUUGCAUCAAACAAUCGAUGGUUAGUUUUGGUCGGUCUAAAAGACGAACUUUCCUCUGUUGUUAAAGUCGUUGAAUGUUUCUUGCAAAGUAUUAAGGAGGAAAGCCAGAAAAAUAAAGAAAUUGUAAAGUUUGUUGUAGUUUCAAGUGAUCACGUUGAUUAUUUGGAGCAUACACAGUUCUUAGACACACUAAAGCAAAAUCAUCCUGAGAUCGUUGAAGCAAAUAUUACUCAAGCAAGGAAUCAGAUACGUUUCGUAGGAACAGAUGAAGCCAUUUUGACUGCCAAACGGGAAUUUGAUGAACUUGUUAAGGAGCUAAAUGUCAUCAAGUUAGAGCUACCUCUUGAAGUAGUGAAGUUCGUGUCUCAAGAAAAAGGCUUAGACUUUAUUGAGAAGCGUUUAUCUGAACAAGAAAUUGUUUCCGUUAUUUUAGUUGAGACUAAAUCUUGCUUGAAAGUCGUCGCUAAAUCGUUACAGGAAUGUGAGAAAGUAAAGGAAUGUUUGUGUCACAACAUACGAGAAGCAACAAUAAGUUUACCACUGAAGAAUGACCACAUAUUUUCCUCGAAGAAAUGGUAUGAUGUCACCAAAGCCAUCGAUUCAGAAGAGCUUGUUGAUUACCAAAUCAAUUUUGAGCGUACAAAAAGACGUGACAUUAAACUCCACGGCGCUAAGCAUCUUGUCGAAAAAUACCAAAAAAUUGUCGACGACUUCAUAGACUCGCGUAAGAUUGAAUCCUGUUUGAUGCCUCUCCCCCCCGGCAUUGCUCGUUUCAUGAAGGAAAAAUUAGGAAACGAAGUUGGAAAAAUAGAGACUGACCUCAAAGAAGAACAAGUUACGAUUGAGAUACAUUUUAACAAGCUCGUGUUCACUGGUACAGAGCCAGGACUAAAUGAAAGCAAGAAACGUAUUUUGAAACUGAGAAGUGAUAUUUGCACCGAAUCUAAAGAAUACACGUCAGUCGGGAUGAGCAAAUUAUUCUCCAGUGAAAACGGUCGAAGAAACAUCAAAGGCAUUGAAGCUGACAGCAACAUAAUAAUAGUAGUUGCUGACGAUCACACCAAAGUUGAAGCUGAAACUUGGUUCGAUGUUGGAGCAAUACGAACAGAACGAUUACGAGAAAGAAGAGAAAUAAAACAAGUUCCUGUUGCUCCAGUGGAUCCGUUUGAUCAGUGUAAUUUUACAACCAGGGAAGGUCUUGCUGUGUCUUGGAAGUAUGGCAAUAUUGCACGUGAAAGAGCUGAUAUUCUGGUCAGUUCUGCAGUCUCUGAUCUAAACCAUCCAACGAUGGUCGGACGCGUGUUAAAUUCUGUUGGUGGACCUUCGUAUGUAGCCGCGUGUAGUCAACAUGAUAGCAUUGAAGCUGGUGACAUAGCUACCACCAUUGGUGGAGACCUGCCAUGCAGUUACGUCAUACACGCAGUGUGUUCUGAUUGGAAAUCUGGCAGAGGCGAACAUACUCUUCGCGGCCUGCUUCAAAAAAUCCUGGUGGAAUGCACUCGACUAUCAGCAAGGACUGUGGCUAUGCCGUUGAUAGGCACUGGAAACCACAAGUUUCCUGAAGAUGUAGUGCUGCGUGUUAUGAGGGAAGAAAUCGAGCAAUUCAGCGUGAUGGCGUAUCAUUCUAGUAGGCUGAAGGAAAUAAAGCUGGUACGAUAUGAUCAGGGUAUUAAACGAAAACCUGCUCAACCGCAGCUCGUGGACGACUCAACGAGAUCUAUUUCAAGGCCCAGGCCUACAUUUGUCCCGCUAGUGACAAGCAGUUCAGUUGAAAACGUGAAAUUGCAAGUUUACGCUCGCUCUAAUGAAGACAUCACUCCUGUUUUUAUCGAAAUCCAAAAAUUCAUUGAUAACCACAUUGCAUCAAAGACCAUCGAGGCUGAAAGAUUAUUUGAUGUUGUACUUCAACAUUGGGAUAAAUUACAGCAAUUAGCAAAGGAUGAAUGUCUGAGAAUAGCAUGUGUCAACGAAACGACUGUUUCAAUCACAGGUUUGUUAAGUAAAGUGCUUGAAACGAAGGAUAAGUUAACAGAAUUGGUUAAUCGACAUUCCGAAGAACAGCAAAGGACACAACAGCUUAGUUACAUCUCCCAGACUGUGCAGUGGUAUUACUGUGAUCUCAGGAGCACUAAAGAAAUGCCCUACAAAAAAGAGUUGAAUGGUGCCCUUGAGAUCGCUCGAAUGAAUGGAAAGACCGAGGUGGAAAUAACAGAGUUGGAUGGUGAAAAAUAUAAUGUCGAUUUUGCUCAAAUGGUUGCCAGGAACAAGAAUAGCGGACAAACAAGAAAAUUAACCAGGAAACUAAUUGGUUCUGAAGCAGCUCUGCCAUCUAAUUGGACGAAUCAGUCCGCAAAUCAAGUCGUACAACUUGUCAGACUUGCACCAUCAUCGCCAGAAUACUUAGAAGUUCUUAACCACUUUGUAUUGCGAGGUGGAAAACCAGAUCAACUUUAUUACGUGGAGAGAAUUCAAAAUCCUCAACUCUAUUCCAUGUACAUGACAUUCAAAAAAUCUAUGCGAGGUCAAAUCAAUGAAAUGCGACUUUUUCAUGGGACCGAUGCCGCUAAUGUUGACUCAAUCAAUGCUCAUAAUUUCAGCCGAAGUUUUGCGGGGGUUAACGGUGUUGCUUACGGCAAUGGUGUCUAUUUCGCUCGAGAUGCGUCGUACUCGAUUAAAUAUGCCUGCAAGCGCACCUUGGCCUUGGGAUCUCGAGGAAAAAUGUACAUGGCUAAAGUACUUGUUGGCGAGUACACAAGAGGUGCGUCAGGAAUGAAAGCACCACCACCAAAAAAUGAUCCGUAUAAUCCUGGUUUACGAUAUGAUUCCGUUGUUGAUCACCCUAGUAAUCCCACGAUGUACGUUAUAUUCCAGGACAACCAAUAUUACCCUGAAUACCUUUUAACUUUACGAUAAUUUAGUACAUCCACCGACUUAUGAAAUAUGGACUUGAAAUAUGGACAAUAUGGACUUGUAAUAUGGACAAUAUGGACUUGAAAUAUGGACAAUGUAAAUUAGUCUAUUAAAUUCCAAGAAACGUUACUGCCGGGGUACCAGGCUGUGCCGGGGGUUGAAUUAUGAUUUGAUCGAGGGGGGUUGUAGUCGCCAAACGUAAACAGAGUUGCUAAAAGGUUUAUAUAGAGCUUGUGCCUAGACGUAUUGACGAUAUGAACGAAUAAAUAGCAGAGUUCUGAUUUUGCAACAUAUAUGCAGGCUGGCGUGUCCGUUUAGCACUGGCUGGCAUUGUUUUAAACGUCUACAAAAGCAAUAUCAUACGAAUUUUUUAAGUACUU